UUUACCAACACUAUUUCAGCGGCGCCAGACGCGAAAUGGCCAUCCGCCAGCGACUCGCCCAGCCGGGCACCAGCGGCCGCGUGCAGGCGCGCCGGCCUGUGCGCUGCGUGCGUCUGAAUGUGUCGGCCGGUGGCAAGGUCUACAUCGACCCAGUGAAGAACGAGUGCGCGGCCUUCGCGCCCGCGACCGUCGCCAACCUGGGCCCUGGCUUCGACUGGAUGGGGUGCGCCGUGCAGGGCGGCGGUGACACCGUGGUUGCCAAGGUCAUCCCCGGCAAGCCUGGGGUGGUGGAGAUCGCAGCCAUUGAGGGUGACGGCGGCCGGCUGUCUCUGGACCCCGCCAAGAACUGCAUCGGCGUGGCGGCCACGGAGACGCUGAAGCUGGUGGGCGCGGUGUCGUGCGGCGUCAGCCUCACACUCAACAAGGGCCUGCCCCUGGGUAGCGGCAUGGGCUCCUCCGCCGCGUCCGCCGCCGCCGCCGCCUGGGCCGUGAACGGCCUGUUUGGCGCGCCCGUGCCCAAGGACAAGCUGAUCCUGGCUGGCCUGGCCAGCGAGGCGGCCGUGAGCGGCUACCACGCCGACAACGUUGGCCCCUCGCUUCUGGGCGGCUUCGUGCUCAUCCGCUCCUGCAAGCCUGGGGAGCCGGUGGAGCUGCUACAGCUGCCCUUCCCCAACCCCGAGCGCCUGCACUUUGUGCUCGUCAACCCCAAGUUUGAGGCGCCCACCGCCCAGAUGCGCGCGGUUCUGCCCAAGGAGACGCCCAUGAAGUCCAUGAUCAACAACUGCUGCCAGGGAGGGGCGCUGGUUGCGGGCAUCCUGACGGGCGACGUGAAGCUGGUGGGUGAGAGUCUGGACCGCGAUGUGAUCAUCGAGCCGGUGCGCGCGCCGCUCAUCCCCGGCAUGAUGGCGGUCAAGGAGGCGGCCAAGGCGGCGGGCGCGUACGGCUGCACCAUCAGCGGCGCCGGCCCCACGGCUGUGGCCAUCGUGGACGACCCGGCUGUGGGUGCUCGGGUGGCUGAGGCGAUGUCCGCCGCCUUCCGCAACGCGGGCAAGCUGGACGUGAACACGGCGCAGGUCGUGAAGCUGGAUCCGGAGGGCGCCAAGUUUGUGUAAAGAGCGCAGGGCGUGUAGAAUUGUGUUUUGUGUGCGGCAUUACUUGUGUGCUGGGUGAUAUGGGGGGCUUGUGGCAGUGUGGCAGGCAGGCAGAGGCAGGCAGGCCGUCAAGCGACACAAGCCAGGUGGAUCGCCACGGCGGCUUGACGGGGGAGGGGGUUCACGGUAUUUGGGUUUCCAAAUGGGCGGGGGGUGGGGUGGCCGCAUGGCCAUGACACUGGGGGUUUGACACGGUGGCAGCUGAAAGACAUGCUUGUUAAUGCGCAAACCAGGGGCACCCCUGGCGCAGACACAGGGCCAGGGCGACCACGACCGGACGCGGUCACUUACGAUGCCACGCACGCAACGCGGUGACGUGGUACUCUUCAUUUUGCACGAAAGACUGACACAUGGGGGUCGGCUGUCGUGCGGUCGCUGUGCGCCGGAGUUCUGUGGGAGGGUGGCCGAAGGCAAAGACAGGGCAGCGCCUGGCAGCGUCAGCCUUAACGCCAUCGCGCUUGACAACUUCCUGUCGGUGCCACCGUCGUGUGCGGGCACCUGUUGACAGAUGCCCCCGGUCCCUGCACGAUAACUAUCGGCACCGACGGAU